UUCCAGGGCGCUGGGUCACAUGAUGUCAACACUGUUCUAUCCCAUCAUCACGUUUGUGCUGCUGUUGGUGUGUGUGUCGUACUGGGGAAUCACAGCGCUAUAUCUGGCCACAUCUGGAGCUCCGGUCUACAAGGUGGUGGCCAUGAACACAUCACAGGGAGACUGCAGCGUCAUACGAGCCAACCAGACCUGCGACCCGGAGACGUUCAACAGUACGCAGUAUCCCACGUGUCCGUCUGCGAGCUGCGUCUUCAUCAACUAUAACUCAGAGGGUUUGUUACAGAGGAACCUCUUCAACCUGCAGAUCUAUAACGUGUUUGCGUUCCUGUGGUGCGUGAACUUCGUCAUCGCUCUGGGACACUGCACACUCGCCGGAGCGUUCGGAUCUUAUUACUGGGCCUUCACCAAACCAGCAGAUAUCCCAACAUUCCCUCUGAUCCAGUCCUUCAUGAGAGCGCUGCGGUAUCACGUGGGCUCUCUGGCGUUCGGCGCUCUGAUUCUCACGCUGGUGCAGAUGGUCCGGAUCAUUCUGGAGUAUCUGGACCACAAGUUCAAAGAGGCUCAGAACCCGUGCACGCGCUUCAUCAUGUGCUGCCUCAAAUGCUGUUUCUGGUGUCUGGAGAAAUUCAUCAAGUUCAUCAACAGGAACGCUUACAUCAUGAUCGCUAUAUACGGGAAGAACUUCUGUGUGUCUGCUAAGAAUGCCUUCUCUCUGCUCAUGAGGAACAUCGUCCGGGUGGUGGUGCUGGAUAAAGUGACCGAUCUGCUGCUGUUCUUCGGGAAGCUGCUGGUGGUCGGUGGAGUCGGUGUGCUGGCCUUCUUCUUCUUCUCCGGCAGGAUUCAGACUCCAGGAACCACGUUUCAAACGGCGGCUCUCAACUACUACUGGAUGCCCAUCAUAACGGUGGUGUUCGGUGCGUACAUGAUCGCUCACGGCUUCUUCAGUGUGUAUAACAUGGGUGUGGACACACUCUUCCUGUGUUUCUUGGAGGAUCUGGAGCGUAAUGACGGCAGUCCACAGAAACCAUACUUCAUGUCCAAGAACCUGAUGAAGAUCCUCAACAAGAAGAACAAAGCGCCCAAGACGGACUGAAGAUGAAGACGAGGGUUUCUGACUUCAUUCUCUCAAGCACCGUCACUUUCAUCCGAAGCGUGAAGAUCCCAGUGUAUCCAUGUACAAAUGCUUUUAAACAUUUCCUUUUUUUCUUAGACCUGUUACUGAAAAUAUCUGAGCCUGAUCUCAACAGAAACAAGUGUAACUCCUGAAGAUUAAGAUCACAUCCAGACUGCUGGAAACCGUUUUACUGAUUUAAAAAAAACUGUUUGUCCAAAGCACAUGCAAGAAACUUGGAUGAAGAUGUCUGUAAGCCAAAGCAUUUAUUAUUAGCUUUAUUAUCAUUCUAGCAAUAUAUUUGGUUCAUGCUUUUAAUAUGUGAGAUGUGCAGAGUGAGGAUGUAUUACAGUACUGUACAAAUGACUGUUUUUGGUGCAGAUUAAUAACUGAAGAUCUGUUCUUUCUAGACUGCUGAACGUUUUUAAAGCUGUAAUGUCUGACACUCCAUAAACCUGAAGGAAAGCCAGUUUGAAGUGUUUUUAUAGUUGCAGUAGUGCAUGCUCUUUUUUUCCAUUUUUAUAUGAUUUUCUGCUCAGUUAUGUGAUUGUGUAAACUGGAAAUUAACAGAGAAUAUUUAUUUUAAGACAUAUACAUUUAAUAAAAAAUGCUGUAUAUUA